CUCUGCACAUAGCGUUAGAGUUUUAGUUGCGCUGAGGCGCUCAGCAUGCACAUGCCGUUUCUUUAGCCCCUAGCCGGGGCCUAUGGCUACUCAGCACCAGGACACUACCAGAUAGGCGCCCUGUAAAGCGCAACAAGAUGAGCUUACGAAGGAAGUCCGUGGACGUCGGUUCGGGCGACCACCAGCUCCCCGCUUCACCGGGCGGGCGAGGCAAAAUGCAGAACGCGCUGCUGAAGCUAUCAACAGCCAACGCAUUUGCCAGGGGAAGUUGGAAGCCGCCCGCAAACCCACGCGGCAGCGUGGACCUGUCGGGUGGCGACGACGGGGGUGGCUGGAACGGAGCGGACGGCGUGUUCCCGUACUCCGACGCCGAGCUGGACGCCAUGCUGCCGCCUCAAGUGCUGCAGCCUGUCAGCCCUUUCUAUGGCAUGUACGGCGACUAUGACGAGGUCAUGGACUUGCUGCACACCGCUGUCAUGGCGGAUGGUAGCUCGCGGAGCACGCUGCAGCACAUCCCGCGCGACAACGUGGUGCACGUCGCGCAUCUGGGCCUCGGCGCCUGCUGCAGCGUAGACCUGGUGGCGGUGCACGGCGCGCCUGAUGGCAGCCAGCUCCUGGCUGCGGCCAAGAGCUGCUAUCUGCCGGCCAACGACCCGCGCAUGAAGGCAUCGCUCAAGGAGGCGGAGCUGCUGCGCCGCUGCGCCGACUGCGCCUUCAUCAUGCAGCUGCUCAGCGUCAUACAGUAUAACCCCUUGGAGGAUGUACCAUGCACCAGUGGAGGCGGCGGCUUGCCAAGCGGUGCUAGCGCCAGCACCUUUGUCGCGGCUGCAAAGGCAUCCUUUGAGGGCGGCGGCCUCAGCCGCAGCGGCAGCUUUGCCUCACCACACGGCAUGGCGCAGGGCCGUGCCAGCCUCCACAGCUACGAGCUGGGGGCAUUUGGUGGCGGCUCGCUUCUAGACAGCACAGGGACGGAAAGCGCGAGCGGCGGCGCCUGGGCUGGCGGGGGCGGGGUUCACCUGGCCAGCCGGCAUAGCGGUCAACUCAAUCUAACCCACAUGGGUAGUGGCGGCUUUCCGCACUCGAACAUGCCUGGCAGCCAUAGCCCUGGCUACCAGGCCUGGGAGCAGUGGCGGGGCGGCGGCAACGGAAGCGACGUGGAACAGCAGUUGCGGCAGCGAAUGGCGUCGACAUCCGAAGCGAGGCGCAGCAGCUUUUCCUUGGCCAGCCAAGGCUCCUUCAUCAUGGGCACCGGCGUGACAGGUGGCUGGGACUCAGCGGGGAUGGUGAGCGCGGCGGCAAGUGCUUAUGGAGGAGGCUGGGCAUACGGCCACGGCGGCGGCGGCACGAUUGGCACAUGCGGGCUUGAUAGCCCAACAGCCGGCGGCUUGCAGGCCCGGCAAGGCCUUCGGCGGGGCUCCAUGGAGAUCUUGGAGAUGUACGGCGGCACGGGAUUUGGAGCCACGGGCCUGGGCGUGGGCACGGGUGGCGGCACGAUGGGCUGGGGAGCGGCGGCUGGAGGCGAGGGCGCACAGGCUCGUGGCGGCCCCAAUGCGCCCACGAUGUACACGCUGCUGGUCGGGUGGGCGCGUUGCGGCGACCUGCGGCGCCUGGUGCAGCUGCAGCUCGCAAAGAACACGGCGCAGGGGAAGCAGAACACUGGCACCAGUUCGCAUCCGGUGAUCUGCGAGGAUGCGUCCCGGUUCUAUGUGGGCUGCCUGCUGCUGGCGCUGGAGCAUCUGCACUGCCGCCUCAACACUGUGCACCGGGACCUGAAGCUGGCCAACCUCCUGCUGCUGGGCAACGGCUACGCCAUUGUGGGCGACCUGGGCACCGCCGUGGACCUCAGCACGGUGCCGAACGGCCGCCUCACCUCUCGCGUGGGCAGUCCAGGCCACAUGGCGCCCGAGUGCCAGAACCGCGACGAGGCCGGCUAUGACCUGUCCGCCGACAUGUGGUCCGUGGGCGCCUGCCUGUUCUCGCUGCUGACGGGCUCGCUGCCGGCGGGCGUGGCGGGGCCGCCCAACCGCUCCUGGACGCCGCCGCUCAGCCGCCACUGGUCGCACGAGCUGCAGGACUUCUUGGGGCGACUGCUGGCUUGGUCGCCGCGCGACCGGCCCACAGUGGCGCAGGCCAUGAAGGACCCCUGGUUCCGCGGCUUCGACUGGGGUGCGCUGCGGUCACAGAAAAUGCCGCCGCCCAGCAACACGCCGUGGCGGGAGCUUCUCUGGUGGCCCAAGGUGGACCGCAGCCUCCUAUAGCCUCCCGGCGAAUCACGGCCUCCGGCAGGGCCGCACCAGGGUCGCGGCUUGACAAACUGGCUUUGUGGAGUUGCGCAGAUUAGUGACAGCUGUUGGGCAGUAGUAGCAGCGCACAUGGAAUGUGCAAUGUUGGUGGGCUGAAUGCAGAACUGAUGCAUGAUUUAUGAGGGGACAGCGUGGGUGAUGGAGGGAGCUGAGUUCUUCUUACCAAAGGUAUAGCCCUAAUGCAACCCGAAGGGCAGUGCAUACAUUUGCAGAGAUAAACACGUUGAGCGCGAUCUUGUGUGUACGUGAUCGUCCAGCUUUUGACAUCAUUUUGGAGGCACUAUGCGAUGGGCAUAAGCUGGAGUUAAUACCGGGUUGUGGUAGAUGACCGGAUGCGGCGUGUGUCGGUGUGGUAGUCGGGGUCGCCAGCAUCCCGGGCCAGCAAAUGUCUUGCAGGCAAUGCGGGGUUUAAGUGGUUUCAGUCACUGAACACCGAAAUAUACAUGUCCGCGGCUUUUAACCGGGGUCCCCAGCCCCCCCUCCCUCGUCCAGGCGCCGCGCCCCACCCGCACGGAGCGGCCACCAUCCAGUGACGGGACCGCCUUCGCCCUGUGCGUCUAGACGCUUUGUGUCUGUGGCGGGAUGUGUUCCUUGGUGAAAGAGGGCAAGUCCUUAUGGCCGGUUUCGUUGCGUGCCCUAUGAUUGCCAGGCAAUGAUUUGAGACAAUAAUGGAGGGGAUGCAUCGGGGAUUGAAGCCUUGAAGUGUGCUGCAAUCAUGCAAUGGCAGAAGUGUUCGGGUGCGUGGCAUUUGGCGUGCGGCCCGCGAAAGCGAGGUGUACUGCAAUGUGUACGCUUAUAUAUGGAAGUUUGUGAAGAGUGGGUUUCAGGGAGCACUAGUGAGGCCUGGGGCAGAUGGACAGAUGCCGCUGAAUACAGUGCCGGUGUGCCACGGCCUCACACUGAACUGCGCUUGGGCAACCGUGUAUUUCCAGCGCGCCCUAAUGAGCCCCACUGGUAAGGCUGCGAGCCUCCUUUGGUGCGGACUGCGCCAUGUACGCAUGCUGCUG